CAUUUCUAUCCUUUCUUCUUCUCUCUCCUCGCCCUCUUUUGUUUUCUUCCGAAGUUGAGCUCGCGAAGACCGCCGCCGCUGGCGCCGUGGACGUUCCUCUUUUCCUCUCUCACUUCUUCGUCGCUGCUGUUCCGUGCAUGGGCCGAUUAUUCGUCGGCGGAUUUUUGGUAUUUGUUUCGGUUUCAAGGUGGGUUGCGUAGGUGACCGGGAAAGGGUUCAAGGUCUGGCCUUUUUUUUUUUUUUUUUUUUUAAUUUUUCCUGCCGGUACCUGGCUUCUCCGUCGCCGUUGGAACGGUGGUUGGGAGCGAUCGUGUGGGCCUGUGACAGUGCGAGAAAAGACUGGUAGCUGGCAAAAACUUUGCCUUUUUGGGAGUGAAAAGGAAGCGGCUUGAAUGAUGGAAUAUGAGAAUUCCUCCGUUAUGACCGUCUCUAACUCGGGCUCCGGCGAAGCCAGCGUAUCUUCCUCCGGGCAGCUUCCGCCCGCUGCGCCUCCUUCUCUGGGUCCGCUGCAGCCGAUUCCGGUAGUCAAGAAGAAGAGAAACCUCCCCGGAACGCCAGAUCCGGAGGCUGAGGUGAUCGCGCUCUCUCCGAAGACGCUCAUGGCGACCAAUCGGUUCGUGUGCGAGAUCUGCAACAAGGGAUUCCAGCGGGAUCAGAACCUGCAGCUUCACAGGAGAGGGCACAAUUUGCCGUGGAAGCUGCGGCAGCGGACGGGGAAGGAAGUACGGAAGAGGGUUUAUGUGUGCCCGGAGCCGACCUGCGUGCACCACGACCCGUCGCGGGCGCUGGGCGACCUCACUGGCAUCAAGAAGCACUUUUGCCGGAAGCACGGCGAGAAGAAGUGGAAGUGCGAUAAGUGCUCGAAGAAGUACGCCGUCCAGUCAGACUGGAAGGCGCACUCCAAGGUCUGCGGCACCCGCGAGUACCGCUGCGAUUGUGGCACCCUCUUCUCCCGGAGAGAUAGCUUCAUCACCCACAGAGCAUUCUGCGACGCGCUAGCUGAGGAGAGCGCGAAAGCCGGAACGACUCCGCCGACUGCAAAUCUAAAACCGGCAAGUGAGGACGACGGAAAGGCUGAGGCGGCGUCCGAGAAAGCCACAGAAGCGGAGGAAGCGACGGCAACCGUGGAGACAGCUCCUGCAGUAGCGGUCGACGCUCCAUUGCCGCUGCCGAAGGUGGCGCCGCCGCUGGAACGGCAAGAGCCGGAGAAGUCGGCCGGCCUGCUGCCAUACGUGCGGCAGUCCCCGGUGGCUCUGGCCAACACCAGCAGCGCCGCGGUUGCCGCCUCCACCACUACUAGCAGCAGCAGCAACAGCAAUAACAUCAGCAUGUUUGCGAGCAUCUUCGCUUCGGUAUCCGCAACUACUGCAGCUCACAGCAGCACCACCUUCUCGGACCUCAUGGGCGCCAUGGGCCACCCCGAUCGGUCCCUGGCGGAGCCGCUUUCCCUCUGCCUCGCCCCUAACGGUGGGCCUCCGUCAUCCUUGUUUUCCCCGCCGCAAAAUCAAUCUCACGACUGGCGUCCGUUUUCCGCCCCUCCGCCGCCGCCGUCCCCGCACAUGUCGGCGACGGCGUUGCUGCAGAAGGCAGCUCAGAUGGGCGCUGCGGCGACCGGCUCAUCCUUCCUCAAGGGGUUCGGCCUCGAUGGGCCCGGAGAUAGCAGCCUGCGAUGGGGACAUCAUCGUCAGCAGCAGCAGCAUUUGGAGCCGGAGCCAUCUCCGAUGCUGCCCAGCGGCCUCGGUCUCGGGCUCCCCUACGAGCAAGACUUAAUGAUGGGCUCGUCGGCCUUGUUUGGGACGAAGCCGGCGACGCUGGACUUCCUGGGGCUCGGAAUGGGGCCUGUUGGCGGCACCCCCAACGUAGGUCUAUCGGCAUUGAUGACCUCUAUCGGAAGCAGCAGUCUCGACAUCGGAACAGGACCAGCUACCACCGGUGGGUGGGAAGGCACCGAGAGGAAGUCCACCAGUUCCGCCAAUCUGUAGAUUUUUCGUUAGAUUGGGAGAAUCAAAAUGGUCGAAUUGGAGGAUGAAUGCCCUGGAGACCAAAGCUCAUUCUCUCGGUCUGUCUCUUCUCUUCUCUUCUCUCUGCUUUGUUAUUGUUACCCCCCAUCUCAGAGCACGUCUGAAAGCUUACAGGAAUUACAACAUUAUGUACAUAUUGUUAUUUAAACUUCGUCACUGUAGCCGGUUCUUCUA